CCGCCGCGUUCCGCUGCUGUCCGGUCUCCUCCGGCUCCACGGCCCGGGUGUCUGACUGACGGCACCAUGGAGGAGAAGGUGGACUCCUCCACUGCUCCAGACGGCUCGUGCGUGGUGUCGGCACAGGAGACCGAAAAGUGGAUGGAGGAGGCGAUGCGGAUGGCCAAAGAAGCACUUGAAAAUACUGAAGUUCCUGUUGGCUGCCUUAUGGUCUAUAACAAUGAAAUUGUGGGGAAGGGAAGAAAUGAAGUGAAUCAAACAAAAAAUGCUACGCGGCAUGCUGAAAUGGUAGCCAUUGAUCAGGUCCUGGAUUGGUGCCAUCAACACAGUCAUCCUCCUGCUGACGUAUUUGAACACACCGUGCUGUACGUCACCGUGGAGCCGUGUAUCAUGUGUGCAGCUGCUCUCCGCCUCAUGAAAAUCCCGCUGGUCGUCUAUGGCUGUCAGAACGAACGGUUUGGUGGUUGUGGUUCCGUCCUAAACAUCGCCUCUGCUGACCUACCCAAUACUGGGAGACCAUUUCAGUGCGUCCCCGGAUACCGUGCUGAGGAGGCCGUGGAGCUCCUAAAGACCUUCUACAAACAAGAAAACCCAAAUGCACCAAAAUCGAAAGUUCGGAAAAAGGAUUGUCAGAAAUCCUGACAUUCUGAUGAAAGCCACAUGCCCUUAGGAGACCUGCAAAGAAUUCUCAACCGAGAGCUGUUGGCAUCGCUGGCCAUGUUUAUAUGUUGUUUCUGUGUGGGAAAACGGUGUCUCUCGUCAUGUCAUUUGCUCUGUUAAGGGAACAAAUGAGCCCUUCUUAAAGUCUGACAAAUGUAAACAGCUAUUAGCUCUUCCCAAGCUGAAAGAGUGUUUCCGGAAGGGGAAGAGGAAUCCAGGCUUGAGGUCAGAGAUCAGCCACAGCUCCAGCCCCAUCUUAAUGAAGCUCUUGGUGGGUUGGGGUGAUGGCUGAGUGACAGAGUACUUGCCGUGCAAGCAAGAGGCCUCAGUUCCCAGCACCCAUAAAUUCCUGGGUGGGCUUGGCAGCCUGCCUGUAACCCCAGUGCUUAGAAGGCAGAGUUGGGCUUCCAAGAUCCCAAAGCAAGCUACUAGUUGAUAGUGAGCCCUUAUCGGUGAGCUCCGUGUUCAGAUGAGAGAUCCCACCUCAAUGAGUGAAGAGUGAUCUAGGAGGACCCCACAAUGCACCCCCAAGCACAAGUACAUACACACUGACACCACACAUGCACACACAAGAAAGCAAACAAACAAAAGACAAGUCUUCGGAAGAUUGAGCAAGACCCACAGAGGAAGAAGAAAGAAAGAAAGCCUUCAGCUUUUUACUGAGUGUAUUCAGACCCACUUCUGCCCACAACUCCCAUAGGACAUGGGACCUGGGCUCGUGCUAGUUUGUAAUAUGACUUUAUAUAUGCAUAUGACCGUGCAUGUUGGGGGUUCCUGUGUGGGUGUGGAAGCAGAGGAUAAUCUCAGGUGCCUUUCCUUUCCUCAGAUGUAGCCACCCUCCUCCUCUUCCUGCUGUCUGUCUCUGUCUCUCUCUCUCUCUCUCUCUGUCUGUCUUUCUUUCAGGAUAGGUUUCUUACUGGCUUGAAAUUUACUACUCAGUUAAUCCCUGGCAGGCUGACCAGGAAUGCGCAGGGUUCCUCCUGUGUCCUCUAGUGCAGGAGUUACAGGCGUGCACCACAACACCCUCCCAUCCCCUCCCUCCUUUCUUCUAAACCUAAGUUUUGGAGGUUGAACUCCAGUCCUUCUGCCAUUAUACUGACAGAUUUCUCUCCAAUUCUAGACCAUUUUUUAGAAGUACUUAAAUAAAAUUGAUGCUUUUAAAGGCAGUGCCCAAGGGUCAUGUUUGAAUCCUAGCAUAUUGCUACAAUAAAAUUGUGUUCAUGCCUUCUUUGAA